AACGCCGGCCUUUGAUUGGUCCUGACGCAUCCUAAAGCUGCCCAAUCACGCGCGAGCAGUUGCCAGAGCGUCCCUUUACGUGCAGGGGGAACAUGGCGGAUCGGCUCACGCAGCUGCAAGACGCUGUGAACUCGCUUGCAGAUCAGUUUUGUAAUGCCAUUGGAGUGUUGCAACAAUGUGGUCCUCCUGCCUCUUUUAAUAAUAUUCAGACAGCAAUUAACAAAGACCAGCCAGCUAAUCCUACAGAAGAAUAUGCCCAGCUUUUUGCUGCACUGAUUGCACGAACAGCAAAAGACAUUGAUGUUUUGAUAGACUCCUUACCCAGUGAAGAAUCUACAGCUGCUUUACAGGCUGCUAGCUUGUAUAAGCUAGAAGAAGAAAAUCAUGAAGCUGCUACAUGUCUGGAAGAUGUUGUUUACCGAGGGGAUAUGCUUCUGGAAAAGAUACAAAGUGCACUUGCUGAUAUUGCUCAAUCACAACUGAAGACAAGAAGUGGUACCCAUAACCAGUCUCUUCCAGACUCAUAGCACCAUG